GUAACAUCUUCACUUUUCGUGCUGUGGUCUUGCGGUGAGUUUCAUAGCUGUGACAGACUCCACCAUGUCGCCGAUCUACGUCGUUGCAACAGCCCUGGUGGCGUUUGCCAUUCUGAAUGUUCCUGUCGAUUCUGGGGCAAUAAAAAAAGAUCCAAAAAAGCUCGUGGUGGCGUACUUCGGAUCAUGGGCCAAUUACCGUCGAGGAAAUGGACGGUUUGUAGCCGAGAACAUGACUGAAGUUGCUGGAAUGAUCGAUAUUUUAGUCUAUACAUUCGUCGACAUCAAUCCUGAUGGAACAAUCAGGUAUUUCGAUCCUUGGCUAGACUUGCAAGACGGCUUAGGAAUGAUGAAUAGAACCGUCAGCUUAAAAUCAAAGAAUCCAGACAUGAAGGUUUUAGUUGCCAUUGGUGGAUGGAAUGCAGGCUCGCAUAAUUUCUCUAUUGUUGCCAAAGAUCCUGAAUUGCGCCUACGGUUCGCCGAAGAAGCUGUAAAUCUUUGUCUAAGGCAUGGAUUCGAUGGAUUUGAUAUGGACUGGGAAUAUCCCAACCAAAGAGGAGGACAUCCAGAGGAUGUCGGAAACUUCGUCCUCAUGUUGAAGGAUCUUAAACAUAGGCUAUCGAAACACAAUUUGAUAUUAACUGCUGCUGUAGCCGCUGCGGAAUCCUCUGCAUCGCAAUCCUAUGAUAUUCCUGGAAUGUCUAAAUACUUGGACUACAUAUUUGUAAUGACAUAUGAUUUUCACGGUCCGUGGAACCCUUUUACGGGUCACAACUCACCGAUGUUUCCGGGCCCAAGAGAUCUCACAGAUAACGCGUUGCAACUAAACGUCGACGCUGCUAUGCGGUUUUGGUUGAGAGAAGGUGCUCCACCAGAAAAGUUAGUCGUCGGUGUAGCUUUCUACGGUAGAACAUUCACACUACGGUCAACAGUCGAAACUGGAAUUGGAGCACCAGCCAAUGGUGCCGGAGUGGCUGGGCCAUACACCGGAGAAGCAGGGUUCUUGGGAUACAACGAGGUAUGUGAAAGAACCCAAGCCAGAGGAUGGAGAAUUAACUGGUCAGAAGAUCAGCAUGUACCGUAUAAAGUCCUUGGUGAUCAAUGGGUUGGGUACGAUGAUAGCACGAGCUUGAUGUACAAGGUCAAUCUCGCCCACGAAUUCAAACUGGCAGGUGUUAUGUUGUGGUCAAUCGAAACGGAUGAUUUCAAUGGAAUUUGUGGAAAUGGCAAAUUUCCACUUCUCUCAAUACUUGAUGUAGCGGCAAGGGACAGAGAUGCAAUAAAUACUACCCCAAAGCCGACAACACAAGCUCCAACUGAACCAACUCAACCAACUUCACCACCUCCACCUGGCCAGUGUGGUGUGGGCGAUAAAGCCGUCGCUGAUCCAAAAAACUGCGCAAAUUUCAUAAAAUGUCCAAUAGUCGAGGGGUCCGCUCCUUUCAGAUGCCAAUCCGACUUGCUUUUUAAUGAAAUAAGCCAGAAAUGUGAUUGGCCUGAGAACGUAGAGUGUAACGAUCGUCCCAUUCUUUGAAAAACUAACUAUUCUACAAAAAUAAGUAUGACCAAAUAAACAGCAUAUGCAACAA